AUGCACGCAUACGCCUGCAAUGCCGUGGUUGAGAAAGAAGUCGAAGCUACGGUGGCCCAAGUCGUAAGAGACUUUGGCCAGAUUGAUGUCCUUGUCACAUGUGCCGGGAUUUGUAUCAACGGACCAGCCGAAGAGACAGAUCUCGCGACUUGGCGUAAGGUGCUCCAAGUCAAUUUGGAUGGCACCUAUCUCUUCACUAGCAUCGUUGGGAAGCAUAUGCUGGAGCAGAAGGUGAAGGGAUCCAUGAUCUUGGUUUCCAGUGCUGGUGCAACCCACCCCCCACGGCCGCAGCUUCAGGCGUCUUACAACGCAUCAAAGUCUGGUGUUAACGCCCUGGCGGUUUCACUGGCUACUGAAUGGGCGGAUCGGGGAAUACGAGUCAACACUUUCAGUCCUGGGUUUAUGACCACACCACUAAUGAGCAAAACAUCUGGCCAAGCAAACAGCCAGGCGCCACUCGCCGAUAUACAAAAGCAGUGGCUCACACAAAUACCUAUGGGUGACACUACCGUAUGGUUCUUCGUAUAUCUACUUGCUAACAAAUCAUUAGGGCGCUUCGCCAACCCGGACGAACACCGGGGGACUUUGGUAGUGGACGGAGCUUGGACGCAUUGGUAA